GUAGGGGGGAGAGCCUCGGGUCUGCAUCCUCAUGACAUCACGUGGUCGCUGGAUGACGAGGUAACUUUCAGACUUUUGUUCCUCUCGUUCGGCCGCGUCAUUCACGGUAAGAAGUUAUCGAAAUGUUCAUUUGGUUCGUCAAAAGUUGUCUUUCAUGACCAAACAGUAAUUUGGUGUCGUAUUAGUUUUGCUGGCAUUCUAGGUAUGAAGAUAAGCCCUGACGGUCUCGGGGGGGGCUUAGUGGCUUAUGAGAAAAGAUGUGAAAUUUUUCGAUCAUCUGUACUCAAAAGUUAAUUUGUGAAAAGUGCCCGAUUUGACCUAUUUAAAAUGUUCUGCAUGGACAAAAGCUCUGUGAUUGUGUUUGACGAAGCGUACACUUUUGAAAGGAACUGUUUUUCCCUUUGUUGUCAUGACAACCCAAAAGGGCUCAGCGCGCUUAACGCCACCCCACGGAUCUUGAUUCCGCGCUGACCUACAUGCCGCGCCAAGGUUUCGCUCGCUGAAGGCUCGCCGGAUCCAAUCCACGAUGGAACACGAGGAGGAGAGCAGGAGGCCCGGCGGCCGCGGCUCGGGCUGGGGUCACAUCGCCCUGCUGGAUAAGACCAAGGAGUUCUUCCAGACGUGCGACGUGGAGGGCCGGGGCUUCAUCACGCGCACCGACAUGAGGAGGCUCCACAGGGAGCUGCCGCUGUCGGCCGAAGAGCUGGAGGACGUCUUUGACUCUCUGGAUACGGAGCACGCCGGUUAUCUCACGCUGGAGGCCUUCUCUUCGGGAUUCAGUCAGUUCCUCCACGGCCGGAGAAUCUCCGUGACCGACGAGCCAGUCCUCACGCGGGAACCGGGUUUCCGGGCCAAAGAGACCUUCUACCAGAGCCAAUGGGAAGCCAAGCUGUCCGGGGGCGAGGACGAGGAAGAGGGACACUUCUGUAUGCUGCUGGACAGCUUGGGAGCCAGUAAUGUUUUUGAAGACCCGGACGAGGUGCGCUGCCUGUGGGCGCAGCUCCGGCGGGACGAGCCACACCUGCUGUCUAACUUUGAGGAGUUCCUGGCCAGGGUCACCCAUCAGAUCAAGGAGGCCUGCCGGGAGAAGAAGGACAUGGAGAGCGCCCUCCAGAGGAAGGCGGCGACGCACCACGACGAGAUCCGCCACCUGUACGAGGAGAUGGAAGCGCAGAUCAAGACGGAGAAGGACAGGCUGCUGCUGAAGGACUCGGAGCGGCUCCAGUCGAGAAGCCAGGACCUGGAGGACCAGCUGUCCUCCAAGGAGAAGGAGCUGGAGUUGCUCUUCCAGAAGCAAAAGAGGUUGGAGCUGGAGUGCCGCGAGCUGAGCAGCGAGAAGCAGGAGAGCCACGUGGAGAACGUCAAGCUGAAGGUGACCAACGACGAGCUGGCGCGGGCGCUGGAGAGCACCAGCCAGGAGCUGCUGGUGGCCCAGGACCAGCUCGCCCUGCUGCAGGAGCAGGCCGCGCGCCUCCACCAGGAGAAGGAGAUGGAAAUGUACAGAGUGACAGAAGGACUGCAAAGAGAGAAGCAAAGCCUCAUGAAGCAGCUCGAUCUCCUCAGGGAGAUGAACAAACAUCUGAAGGACGAGCGGGAUAUCUGCUCUGGUGUGCCAAGAACAUCCUUGAGGAAGAAGCAGAAGCAGCGAGUCGCCCUGGCCAACAUGUUUGACGACAGCAGCCAGCCUGCCAAAAGUGAGGACGACGCGGCCGCCGGCGUCAAUUCGCUGAAGAAGAGCGCCGGGUUGACCAACGGCUACGCCGGCCCCGCCCCUCCCAAAACUCACAACGCGAGGGCCAAGGGCAAGAAGGCCAUCGCCAGGUCUGCCAGUUUUCGGAGGACCGCCAGAGAACGGGCCAAGAGGGCGGAGACCAAGCCCGAAGUCGGGGACGAGGCGCUGGACUCCCCCCCGGGCGGUUGGCCCCUCCGCCGGGUCAUCUCCAUUGAAGAGGACCACCUGCCUCACCUUCUCCAGGGGGGUCCGCAGCUGCUCCUUCACCAGCUCAGCGAGGAGGAAGACGGCGAGGAGGCGCAGAGCGAUUUGGAACGUAGCGCGCUCACCGAGAAAGGGGGACGUUUUUUUCGGGCGAAGAAGAAGACCCCAAUGUCGCCGCGGGGUCAGCCGGUCGGGAAGGAGACCCAACAAGUGGCGGAAGUGCCCGUGUUAGGCCCCAGUCGUCUGUUUAAGGUGGUCCUGGUGGGCAACUCCAGCGUGGGCAAGACGUCGCUUCUUCGCUCCUUCUGUGAGGGGCAUUUCCACCCAUCCACCACGGCUACUGUGGGGAUCGACUUCAGCGUGAAGACGUUAACCUUGAACAAUAUGCAGAUCGCGAUGCAGCUUUGGGACACGGCGGGGCAAGAGAGGUACCGCAGCAUCACCAAGCAGUUCUUUCGCAAGGCCGACGGCGUGGUGGUGAUGUACGACGUCACGCUGGAGGAGAGCUUCAAGGCCGUGCGACCCUGGCUCGCCAACGUCAAGGAAGCUGCAGGAGAAGGCGUCCAAAUCCUUGUUCUGGGCAACAAAAUGGACAUGGACGGAGACAGGCAGGUGUCCUUUAAAGAAGCAGAACAACUGGCCCAGGAAAGCAAGGUGAUGUUCUACGAGGUCAGCGCCUACACGGGAAAGAACGUGACCGAGUCCCUGACCCACCUGGCCCGGGUGUUGAUGGAGCAGGAGGACCGGGUGAGAGACACCACCGUCAUCCUCAGCGCUCAGCCCUUGAAGAAAAAGGCCUGCUGCAAGUGAACAUGCCUUGGUGGAGGUCCUCUUUUGUAUUUAACCUUCAGCGAGGACGCUUACAAUAUGAUCCGUGUUAUCGCUAUUACUCGAUAUUGUUAGAACUUCGUCUGCUCUGGGGGAGAAAUCAUGCUUGUAGCAUUUUCUUGAUCCGACAUUAUUUGUAAUGCAAUCACAUAUUCGGGAUGAAUAAAAUAUUUGCAAUUGCGUU